AUGGAUGAUGAAGAUGCCGAUUACAUGCAAGGUAGCGAUGACGAGGAUUACGGCUUUGACUACUCGGAUGAGGAGGACGCAAACGAGGCAGGAAGUGCUGAUGUCGAGAAUAUGUACUACACAGCAAAGUCCAAGAAAGAAGAUAAUCCAGAACAAGCGUUGAAGGAGUUCCGAGCCAUUGUCGAUCAGGAGGAGGAAAAAGGAGAUUGGGGCUUCAAAGCUCUCAAACAAUCGACAAAGCUCCUCUUUCUUAUCUUACGUAAACCGAAUGACGCGUUGGAGACAUAUAAACGGCUUUUGACAUACACAAAGUCGGCGGUUACGAGAAAUUAUUCAGAGAAGACCAUCAAUGGUAUCUUGGACUAUGUUGGUGGAGGGAAGGGAGGCCCUGUCGAAGUCGACGUGCUCGAAAAAUUUUAUCAAGCGACGAAGGCAGCUUUGGAAGAAGCGAAGAAUGAACGUCUCUCUGUGAAGACUAAUUUGAAGCUGGCAAAGUUGUGGCUAGACAGAAAAGAGUAUACUCGCCUUGGGAAGCUCCUCAGGGACUUACAUCGAUCUGGAACUGGAGCAGAUGGCGAAGAUAUGGCGCAGAAGGGCACACAGCUUCUGGAAAUCUAUGCUCUCGAGAUACAGAUGCACAAUGACACGCGCAAUUUCAGGAAGCUUAAGGAAAUCUACAACGCUGCAAAUUCUAUUCGUUCUGCAAUUCCUCAUCCACGCAUCAUGGGGGUCAUCAAGGAGUGCGGCGGAAAGAUGUGGAUGGGCGAACGGCAAUGGAAUCGCGCCAGCGAGGACUUCUUUGAAUCGUUCAGAAAUUAUGAUGAAGCUGGUUCUGCUCAGAGAAUUCAAGUCCUGAAGUACCUCGUCCUUGCAAAUAUGCUCACGGGAAGCGAAGUCAAUCCUUUUGACAGCCAAGAGACGAAACCGUAUAAGAAUGAUCCGCAGAUCAAGGCCAUGACGGAUCUCGUGGACGCGUACCAGCGACGUGAGGUUCAUGCAGCGGAGAAGAUUCUGCGAGAUAAUCGAGCCACGAUCAUGGACGAUUCCUUUAUUCGAUCUUACAUUGGGGAGCUACUACGUAGUUUGCGUACCCAGUAUCUUAUUGAUCUAAUCAAGCCAUACACACGACUGGAGCUUUCGUUCCUUGCCAAGCAACUCAACGUUGAUAAGGAAGAAGUUGAGGAUCUUCUCAUCGACCUUAUUCUGGAAGGCAAGGUAGAAGGCAAGAUAGAUCAGGUGGCUAUGCGGCUUGAACUCAACACCAAGCAAAGUCUCGAAAGGAAGAGAUACACGGCCCUUGAAAAGUGGACGGGCACAUUGGAGUCCAUUCAUGCUUCCGUGAUUGGCAAGAAUCAAAGUGGUAGCAGGGCUACUGAUGCCUCCUUCAACUUUUCCGAUCCCUUUACAUCUACGAUGCGGGAAGUCGAAGAACGAUGGAUGGACAAGGUGUAG